ACAAAAUAUAAAAAUAAAUCAUAUUAAAAAAGAAAAUAUUUAUAAAAACAAUAAAUUUUGUUAAAUAAAAAAAUUAAAUGAAAUGUUUAUAAUGAAAUGUUUAUAAUGAAAUAUUUAUAGAAAACCCAACAAACACGUGCUGUUUUCCUUAACGAUGGCACCCCUUUUUUUGUAUAAAAUUUGCCAUUAAUCAUAAUAAUUCGUUCAUUUAUCUUAAUAAUUUUAGCUUGAAAAACCAUUGAUUAUAUAAACGUUUAAAACAAUAUAGUGUGUGCGGUUUUAUAAAACUUUAGUUAAACGUUGUUUAUUUUUUUUGUUUCAAUUGCUGGCAUUUUUUCGCUGGUUUUUGUGUUUAACAACUGAAACCAACUGUUUGCCAUAUUUAUUGUUCUCGGCUUUAGGUGUAUGUUUUUUUUUGUGGUUUUCUAUUUGAACCAACAUUAAUGGCUAAUGGCUUUUGAAGGAUUGCAAAAAUAAAUGAUUAAUUAUGAUAAUCAAAGCAUUUUUUUGCUUGAAAAAAAUAACAUUAAAGUAUUUUUGAAAUUUAAACAAAAAAAAAAAAGGACUGCAGUAACUCAAUAAAAAAAUAACGAAAAUUGAGUUAAAAGCACAUCCAACAAACUUCUAGAAAAUAAAAAAAACACAAAGAAAAAAUCCAACAUAGUGAAUUGUUAUAAAAAAGAUGAUUAUUUUAAAUUAAUAAAAAAAUAUAUGAAAAUAAUAACUGUAAAACAAUUACUGUGGCUCACAGGAAAACCUUUGACAAUCAAUGUAAAAAAUAAAUUUAAUAAUAACAGAAAAUAAAACAAAAUGAUGGCGGAAAAACUGGAUAAAGAAUAAAAAAACAAAAUAAAUAAAAUAAACCGGAAACCAGAAUAUAAGUAACGUCAACAACAAAAAGGACAACAGUUUCAAAGUAUUACACAAAUUACUUUGGUGAAAAGUAUUAAAGAAAGAAAACAGCAACAAAACAUAUAAAAAACUACAUUUCAAAAAAUAUUGUUUUCUUUUCUGCUAUUUCAUUUUAAAUGCGGUUGAGCGAUAUUAAUAACAAAACUAACAACUAUUUCAACAAAAUUUUAUAAAAAAAACAACAAUAAACAAUUGAAAAAGAAAUAAGCCAGAAAAAAAAGAAAAUCAUAAGAAAUGGCCAACAAUAAGAAAGUUAAAAGAGGCUUUUACCAACUGCCAGCUAAAGUAUCAGCAACUGCAAUAGUUGCAGCUAGAACAAAAACAACAACAAUAAAUGAAAAUAAUACUAGACAACGCCAAACAGCAGCAAAACUCAAAACAAGAAGCCAUUGUAACUUUACUAAUACUAUUUGCAACAUGAAUAACAACAGCAAUAGAAAAACCAACAGCAAUAAAUGUUUGCAAAAAAACGAAAAAGAUACUGACACAGAUAGUCGAAGUAGUAACAGCAACAAUAGUUGUUGUAGUAGCAGUAGUAGUAGUUUUAAUGUUAGCCCUAGUUGUAGCCAAAGUUUAAGUUUAUUUUAUUUUAGUUGUAACAGUCCAAACAGUAUUAUUACUUUCAUUACAACAACUAUAUGUUAUUGCAUACGUUACGUAUACAAACGCUGUUAUUGGUGGUGGUCUUUGCAACAGCGUCAACAAAAACAGUACAAAAUUAAAACCAAAACUUUAUCCAAUUUUUACGCUGCUCCUGCAACAUCUAUAACUUCUUCAGCAACUACAAUAACAACGUCACCAUCCUCAUCAUCUUUAGUUAACAACAGGAACUUUUGUUCAUCUUUAAAAUGGCAUUUCUUCUUAUGGCUUUUCCUUUCUAUAUUGGCUCCUUGUAUUUCGUUGACGAUGACAGAAGUUCGUAUACCAAAACAUAUAAUGCGUCAUGAAACUGCUGCAUUGGGUUGCAAGUAUGAUUUGGAUGGCGAAUCCUUGUAUUCGGUGAAAUGGUAUAAAGAUGGUUUUGAAUUUUAUCGUUAUGUACCCAGAGAUAUGCCACCUGGUCAGGUGUUUCCAUUGCCGGGCGUUGAUGUGGAUUUACAAAAUUCUACAGAUAAUGUGGUGGUAUUGAAUCGUGUCACUUUGCAAUCAACAGGUCGUUAUCGCUGUGAAGUAUCCGGUGAAGCACCAUCAUUUCAAACAGUUUCCGGUCAUGAGGAUAUGAUUGUAGUUGGUAAGCAUUCAAGUAACAACAACAGCCAACAACCAAAUCUUUAUACAUGCAAUUCCAGCUUAUCUUAAACCCACACAUUUUGUACAUACAUAUGUAUGUAUAGAUAUGUACACCCACACAAAACAUAACUAUAAAUAAAUAGAGACCAACAAAAUUUAAACUUAUACAUACAAUGUAUGUAUAACAAUAACUAUAUAAACUUGCAUGUGGUCAGUGUUGGCAAUGAUGCAAGCAACACAGGCAUUAAGGAAUGCCUUAGCUAAAGGCUACAAUUG